AUGCGCCUCCCAAUCGAUCACCUCCUCUUCCUCCUCCUCCUCCUCCUCACUCCCGUCACAGCGAUCGGCGCAUCAUGCUUUAAAGUCGUCUCCGCGCUGGUCGGGCGACCCGGCCACUUAUUCAACAAAUUCCAAAGCGAAAUCUGCGAGCGCGGAUGCCAACCCACAAUCCCACACUGGGAUCUCUGGACGCGCAAUAAUACCUUCGUCCCCGCCGUCCAAAGUCUUAUGAAACGCAUGAACGUUCCCCACCAAGAAGAACAGCUGCUCAAAAUGGGCGAUGAUGUGGCGGUCAUUAUCAAAGAGCAAUGUGCGCCUUUACUGAAUGGUCAACAUAUUUGCUCUGAUUCAUCGACGCUAGCCGAUUUUGGGAAUUGUUUCAAGAGGAACUUCUUCAAGGCUUCUCUUAAACAUCUCCCUAUCUUAUUGCCUAUGGCUUCAGAGGCGGCUUGUAAGGAGCAAUAUCGCUUUUUGCAAGGGGAUGAAUUAUGGGAGCAGACUAUUCCGCAGAAUAUGCGGGAUUAUGCCAGUGUGUGUGAUAAAUUGGAGCCGUUUGAGCAUGAUGAUCAGGAUGGGCAUGAUGAAUUGUAA